UACAAGAAAAAGGCGGUUUAUGUAAUAACUGCAAUUUGUAGCCGUUGCGCCAAUCUUUCCCGUUUAAAUUUCUAUAAAUAAUUGAAGAAGAAAAAAAGUAAUUUUUCAACGGAUGCAAUGGCCGCCGCCGUUAUCUCUUCACUGUCAAAGAGCUUCGGAAAAAUUCCUCCAUCAGCCAUACCACCUAUGUUGGAUUGUAUAUUGACUUCAACCGUCUUAUCUCCGUCGUCACUUUUCUCUUCUCUUCUGGACGAUCUCCCCGAGCUCAUCGAGAGUGCUAAUAAGGAUGGGAAAUUGGAUUCUGAUCGUCGUAACAGUAUUGCGUCAAUGGUUGGAGCAUUAUGCCAUCUUCUUACUAAAGCGAAGACUAAUCAUGAAGGCCUACAGUCUUUUAUAUGGGAAGGUUUUAUUCCUCUGAUGAAAAUGGGACAUGAAUUUGACCUUGAGCUUCUUAACCAGAUUGCAGAUUUGUUCUUUGAUAUUGUGCAAAGGACUAAUGCUUGGGAAGUUCUGGAUGCAACUUUGGUAUCUUUUUCCCUAAGGUCUAUUGGCAUUUCUGCUGGUAUGAUUCAAAAUGGAGAUUUGCUUGGUACCGGGGUUGAUAGAAUAUCAGUUUUCCAUGUCUCAAAUGACUUGCUUAAGAAUAUCAACGAAAAUUUGGAUUCUAGCAUGGAUUGUACACUUUCUACAUCUGAAUAUUUCCCCUUGCCUCUAUCAUUCCAUGUUCUAAGCAUUACUUUGGAUGCUGGACUACAAGCUUUUCAAGCUGCUCCAGUUACAUGCUCAUUUCUGGAAAAUGUGUGUUAUGUUGAAAAAUUCACAGCUAAUUUACUUUAUAAUUUGUGUAAUGUGACUGAAAGAUUACUUUUACAAAGUUUGGAAAAUCGGUCUUGUACAAUUUGCUUUCUUCUGCCUGUCAUCUUCAAAACAUUUGUUUCUCACAGUUCUUUUAAAACCUCAGUUCAUGGGCAGACACAUAUACUUUCCAGGAAUCAGUUCUUUAUGAGAAUGUGGACUUGCUGUGGAAAACUGUUCUCCCUUGGAUCGUUAGAGAGGAGAGAUGCAUACAGGAUACUUUCCCUAUAUUUGUCUUAUUUCUCUUGUAGUGUAACUUUUGAAAACACUAAGAUAACUGAUGCAACAGAGGAGUUCGAUAUAAGAAAUGAAAAAGAAUUUUGGAAUGAAAUCAAAAGAGGAUUGGUUGAUGAUGAGAGCCUAGUGAGGAAACAAACAUUGCAUAUACUGAAGAAACUGUUAUGUAUGAGUAGUGGGAACCAACAACAUUUUGAUAUUUUAGAGAAGAGAACCCAAGGGAAACAUUCAGUUCCUCAUGGUGUGACAAAGAGAGAGCUCUGGGCUUAUAACGAAGCAAAGUCACUGGGGGUAGGGGAAGUCUGCAGCUCAACUGAUUCAGGCUUGAAUAGUCGGCAGCAAUGGGAAGCUUUCAUACUCUUAUUUGAUAUGCUUGAAGAGUAUGGUACUCACCUUGUAGAAGCUGCUUGGAAUCAUCAGAUAACUUUGUUGCUUCAAUUUUCCGUCUCACAUGAUAAUUUUGUAAGUGCUAUUAGUGGAAGUGUCCAUCCAACUCAGUCAGAAACUUGGACUGAAGUCUUUAGCUGGUUAUCGAUUUUGUGGAAGCGAGGCUUUUGUCAUGGUAAUCCUCAAGUUAGGUGCAUGAUCAUGCAGUCAUUUUUGGAAAUAGAAUGGAUAAAAUAUGGAAGUUGUGUGAAGUCAGUACCUGAGAGUUUUAUUCUUGGUUCAUUGAUGGAAGCUUUGAAUGAUCCAGUUCACCACAGUGAUUUUGGUUUUAAAGGAGUUUACUCUUCAAAAACGAUUGAGGGUGCUGCCCACUUUUUGCAUCAUUAUUCAAGUUACAUGGACGCAAGGGAAGCCGCUAUAUUUUUAAACAGCUUAGCAUCCCUUGCUAAAAGUAUAUCUUUUAGUAGAGCUGGAUUGAUGGGUCUUGCAGAAUGUAUUGCUGCAUCUGCUUUUGGGGCUCGUAAAUACAGCGACAAUAAAGCAGAAUCUUGUGAAUUUGGUGUUGUUGAUAAGGAUGGGACAGAGUUGCUCGAUGUUCUUCGAUAUGUUCUUGAGAGUAGCAAACAUCAUUUCAAUCCUAAUUACCGUUUUCGAGUCUGUGAAAAAGUAGUGCAGGCUGCUGCUUCUUUGGUGCCAGCAAGUGAUGUUCCCCUUGAGAUACUUUUGCACUUCAUCUCUACUUUGCCGCGGGAAGUUACUGAUUAUGGUGGUUCGCUACGUGUAAGAGUGCAAGACUGGCUUCUGCAAAACUGCCAGGCUUCACAUUCUGGUGGUAUCCAGAUGCAGCUUAUGGAAAGUCUCAAUGAAUUUCCACAAAGGUUCAUUAUUCAUCAUGGCCCGUUUCAAAAUUUUGAUGAUGAGGACUUGGAUGCAUGGGAAUUUGAAGUGAGAAGAUGGGCAAGAGUACUCUUUCUUGUAAUCAAGGAAGAACAUCAAUUAGUACCUCUAAUAACGUUUAUACAAAAUCAUGGAACAAAUAUUUGUAAACAAAAGAAUCAUUCAGAGUGGAUGCCUGUGAAGUUUCAUAUCCUUGUAUUAGGCUUAAUUCAAGAGAUCCAGGUGAUACAAAGAAGAAAGCAUGGGUUCAAAGUACAAAACAAAUAUGAAAUUGGCUUACUGGAGACACAGGAGGAGCAAUCAAGUGAUGUAGAAGCUUCAAACAUUUACAACAUGUUCACUGAUUCUGUACUUUUUGUACUGGAGGAACUUGUGUCCUUUGCCAACUUGUCUUGUUCCAUAUUCUUUUCUGGUUCUGAUAUAGAGGACAAGGUUCUGCCUGGUUCUGUGAGAGGAAAACUUGGCGGUCCUAGUCAGCGACGAUUAUCAAUUUCUUUGACAACUGCUGUGUUGCAAGCUACAAUCUCCAUUAAAGCUGUUGCAUGCACCUAUGCUUGGUGUGCACAACAUAGAAGUGACAUUCUAUUAAAUUCACCCUUCACGGCUGUGUGGAAAUUCUUAUGCAAUACCAUUGCAUCUCCAAUUUGCAACUCUGAGACUGAAGCAGAAAUAUGUCUUGCUGCAUAUGAAGCAUUAGCGCCUGCGUUGAAGGCCCUUAUCUCUGUAUUGUCUUCUCAAACUUUGCUCCUUUUUAGGGAAAAUAGCAAGUCAUUGCAACCUGCAAUGGAAGGUGAACCUUGGUUAGAUACCUUGGUUCUUUCUUUUCUUCAGAAUAUCAAUAAUCUUCUUGCUGUUGGAUUUAUGGCCCGCACGAGGCGGGCAGUUUUGCUUAAUUGGAAGUGGGUUAUCUUAGAUUCUCUGCUCUCAAUUCCUUACUAUGCUUUUGAGAGUAAGCUUCAACUAGAGGAUGGUAGCUUUUUUUUCUCAGAUGCUGCUCUGAUAAACAUUUUUACUGAUACUGUUGAGAGUCUUGAGAAUGCUGGGGAGGGUUCUGUUUUACCCAUGUUGAGAUCCAUCAGAUUGGCUUUGGAGCUAUUUGCUUCAAGAAGGUUGCCUUCAGUUGGUUCCAGAUUCGCUGGUGUAGAUUCUCAGAUGAUUUGGCGUUUGGUUCAUUCCUCUUGGAUAUUACAUACCAGCUGCAACAAGCGGAGGGUUGCACAUAUUGCUGCUUUGUUAUCUUCUGUCUUGCAUCCAUCCUUGUUUUGUGAUGUAGACAUGCAUGAUACUGAUAAUGAACCUGGGCCGCUAAAAUGGUUUGUUGAAAAGCUUUUGGAGGAGGGCACAAAAAGUCCCCGGACGAUUCGUCUUGCAGCUUUACAUUUAACGGGGCUCUUUCUCUCAAAUCCAACGACUAUAAAAUACUACAUAAAAGAACUGAAACUACUAACACUCUAUGGCUCUGUUGCUUUUGAUGAGGAUUUUGAAGCUGAAUUAACUGAAAACCAUGAUGCAAGAACUGAAGUUUCAUUAUUGUCUAAAGCCCAAGAUUCUGAGUUGACAGAGGCAUUUUUAAACACGGAGUUAUAUGCACGUGUGUCUGUUGCUAAUCUCUUUUACAAGCUGGCUCACUUGACUAAUAUGACGGGAUCAUCUAUUGGAGACAAAGAAUGCCAGUCAACCCUUGAAUCUGGAAAAUUGUUUCUGCUAGAGCUUCUGGAUUCUGUGCUAAAUGAUAAGGAUCUUGCAAAAGAGUUGUAUAAGAAGCAUAGCGUGAUCCAUAGGCGAAAAGUACGUGCUUGGCAGAUGAUAUGUGUUCUGUCACAAUUUGUUGAUGAUGAUGUAGUUGGAGAAGUUACACAUUGCUUGCAACUUGCUCUGUAUAGAAACAACUUUCCUUCUGUUCGCCAGUACUUGGAAACAUUUGCAAUUAAUAUUUACUUGAAAUUUCCCUCUUUGGUUUCAAAGCAAUUGGUUCCCUUGUUUCGAGAUUAUGACAUGAGACCUCAGGCACUUUCUUCCUAUGUCUUCAUAGCAGCUAACGUGAUCCUCCAUGCUUCUAAAGACUUUCAAGUCAAGCAUUUGGACGAACUACUUCCUCCCAUACUCCCAUUAUUAACCUCACAUCAUCAUAGCUUACGUGGCUUUACUCAGGUUUUGUUACACCAAGUACUUGGCAAAUUUUUCCCCCCACCAGAUCUUAAAAGCUCCGAGUUCAUACUUUUGGAAAAAAGGUGCUUCGAGGAUUUGAAAUUGUACCUGGCAAAGAAUUCUGAUUGCAUGCGCUUGCGAGAUUCAAUGGAAGGCUACCUUGAUGCUUAUAAUCCAAAAACCUCUGUUACUCCUGCUGGAAUUUUUGUUAGUCGGGUGGAGGAAAUUGGUUUUGAAUCUGUUCCAACAUCUCUAAUGGAUCAAGUGCUCAACUUUCUAAAUGAUGUGAGGGAAGAUCUGAGAUGUUCGAUGGCGAAGGAUAUUGUGACAAUCAAGAAUGAAAGCCUCAAUAUGGCUGAAGCGAUUGAAGAACUGUCUAGUGCUUGUGAAAGGAAAUUGGAGUUGCCUAAAGAUGCUCAUUUGGACUUCCAGAAAAAGAUUACUCUCUCUGAACAUAAGCAGGACUUGGGUUCCAGUUCCUUAUUAGGCAAGGGAGAAGUUUACAAGCAACUUUUAGAAAUGGAAAAGGAAGAUGAUCUUCUUGAUCAGUUGUGGAGGUCUAGAAGCUUGGCUAUGGAGAAGAUAAGAGGAAACCGGCAGCAUAUUAUCCUAGUAGCAUCAUUUAUUGAUCGCAUACCCAACCUUGCUGGAUUGGCGCGUACCUGUGAGGUUUUUAAAGCACUGGGAUUAGCUGUUGCAGAUGCAAAAAUAGUACAUGACAAACAGUUUCAACUCAUCAGUGUGACGGCAGAGAAGUGGGUUCCUAUUAUAGAAGUCCCUGUAAAUAGUGUGAAACAAUUCUUGGAGAAAAAGAAGCGGGAAGGUUAUUCGAUCUUGGGAUUAGAGCAAACUGCAAACAGUGUACCUCUUGAUCAGUAUAUCUAUCCGAAAAAGACUGUCUUGGUCCUUGGGCGUGAAAAGGAGGGUAUACCAGUGGAUAUAAUCCAUGUCUUGGAUGCUUGCAUCGAGAUACCUCAGUUGGGAGUUGUUCGAUCACUCAACGUACAUGUCAGUGGCGCCAUUGCUUUAUGGGAGUAUUCUCGACAACAACGGUUAUAGUACACUUUUAAUUCUCUACUAUACACCAUUUUAUGCGUAAAAAUAAGCAGUCUUGGACAUUUGUGUCAUUGCCAUUGUAUGGUUCGUUUUAAAUGAAUCCAUAUUGCGCCCACUAUUUUCAGUUUCUAUCAUUUGGCAAGUUGAUGUA